CUGAUAUUUUUCUUUUCUUUAAUUCUCCUAUUAGCCCUCGAUUGCAAUCCUCCUGCUCCUUGGUGGGACGAAUGUGCCGACAAAUGUCUUCUUCUAGGCCUUUUCAAGCAUGGCUGGGAGAAGUAUGCUGCUGUACAGACCGAUCCCUCCCUUUGCUUUGCUUCUCGCUUCGGUUUUCCACCAACUGUCACCGCCGAAGAAGCGCCUAAAUUGGAGCAGGUAGCCGCAAUUGAUGAUGUUGAGCCACCUCAUUUGUCUCCAGUUACUGAUCUCAAACAUGAGGCUGGUCCCAGGGACUUAGAAAUUUGUCGGUUGGCUACUUCUGAGGAUUAUGAAGAGCUCAAGGCCCCAUCAACAGUAGCUGGGGACACAGAAACUGAGGCUGGUGCAGAAGACGAGGAAGAAGAGGAUGAAGUGGAGGAGGAAGAGGCUGAGGAAGAAGAGAGGGAGGCAGUCAGUGAGGCCCAUCCGAAAGGGAAUUCCUCGUCAAAUUCUACUAAGUAUCUUUCUAAGGGCAAUUCGAGGUUUGAUCUCACAAUUGUCGCAAAAGACUCUUUGGAACUUUCCAAGCCGAGCAAAUGUUCAUCUGUAGAUAUUGGUCUAAAUGAACUCGCAAGUGAAUCGGUGCCUUCUCCAAUUUCACAAGUUCCUUGCAAGGAUUCGCCGAAACUGUCUAGCACUGAUACUGAGUUGGUUAUAGGAUCCCUAUCCUAUUCUGCUAUUGGUUCUUCUGAAGCUGAUAUAACCGAGUUAAAACCUGCUCCCGUCGACACAAGCUCUUUUCCAAUUCUCGAUUCACAAACUUCUAUAAGUAACUUGGAAACGGAUUUACAUCCGAAUGUUAAUGAUGGCUUUGAAAAGACAACUGAACCUGUUGCCGAAUCUGAAGAGACAUCUCGUGUAAAAGAAGAUAAUGAUCACCUAGAUGCCUCCUCUACAAUAUCUACUACUACUGAAGCGGAAACUCCUGCCUCUACGACUGGAAAGCGACGUCGCACAUCGACGGUUACUUGCGCCACAAAUACGAUUAGCGCUUCCACGUCCGCUGGUUCUUUUGAAGAAUCUGGUCUGUUAUCGUUUCCCCCUGCGGCCGACCUUAAUUGUCGUCUUCGGAAGUUAAUCGCUUACUUCCAGCGCAUGCGCCAUCAAGUGGAAUAUGAUGCCCUUACUGUGUAA